AUGUCGAGCGAUCUGUACGCGAAGGAUGUGACUGCAAAGGAAAGCUGUGAUCUCACCUCUCACGGAAUCGCAAAGGCGCCAGCCCGUCGACCGUUCUUCCGUCUGUCUGGCAACUUCCUGCUUGCAUCCAUGAGCACAGCCGGUGUUUGUGUCAAUCCUCCUACAUCGGAAGACCUCAAGUACUACAGAUUGAAAAAAGAGAGAGCGGCCGCUGCGGCUGCGGCGGCGGCUGCCGAUCAAUCUGGCGACGAACCGGUAGAUGCAACAGAAGUGGUCGACGAAGACGAAGAGCUUCUUGUAAGACCCAAGACGCCUCCUCAAGGGUCGAACUACCAUCCCUGGACUUCUUAUCACGACCUACCAAGAGAUCAUCCCGUGUUCCAAUAUCCAGCCGGUAUGCGGGAAAAGCUGUAUGCAAAGGGCGUUGAUCCAGUAAUGAAAGCUGAGCUGGACAGAGAUCUUCGCGGCCGUAAGGGUGUUCGGAGAAGCUUCGUGGGGAGGGCUAAGGGCACGAUCAUCGGGUUUGGCGCAAGAAGUGUAGGGUCGCCCUAA